AUGUCAGGUCAAGAGACCUCUCCACAGUCUCCCCCCGCCAAUACACCUAAGCAUCGACGACCCUGGACAGCAGCCGAGGAUGCGACUCUGAGGACUCUUGUUGGGCACUUUGGUGCUAGCAGAGGGUCUGAAGGUAGAUGGAAGGACAUAGCAUCUGGCCUGGAGGGCCGGACAGCAAAGGAUUGCCGAAAAAGAUGGCUUCACUCACUGGAUCCCUCUUUGCGUAAAGGUCGAUGGACCUCUCAAGAGGAUGAGAUCCUCCUCUCAGCUUAUGCUCGACUGGGGCCACUUUGGAAUGAAAUUGCCCUUCUCAUUCCUGGGCGGAAGGAUGACCAGUGCUCCAAGAGAUAUAAUGAUAUCUUGAACCCUUCUGCCAAAAACCGACUCAGCGACUGGACUGCCGAGGAAGAUAACCUUCUACGUCAAGGUGUAGCGACAUUGGGUCAUCGUUGGGUGGCCAUCUCAGCGAGAAUACCUGGGAGGCCUCCUCUUACCUGCCGUAAUCGAUGGCGUACACUCUCACGGCUGUCACAUAACCGUCAGAGUAGAUCUCAAGGCACUACCCCGUCGUCUUCAUCUCAGAUGUCACCGUUCGACAAUGGGAUAUCACCAGCACCCCACAACCCAAAUCUCAGCAUUGAGAUGAACCAUGGAGCGACUACUGACUUAUUGCACUUUCCAAUGGAAGGCGACAUUGGUCAUGAUCAGAUGGGAUCCAGCUUUCUCGACUCGGCCUUUUUCGACACCUUCACAGGCCCUUCCCCAUCGCCGUUGAGGGAUUCCGAUCCAAGCGAUGAAACAGAAACUCCGAACGACGUAUCUGCCCCAGUUGUUGCCCCAGCAAAUGCUGUACCCGUUCCCGAUCUAUCUUCGACUAUCGCUAGCCAGGGACAAAGCGACCCCAAACCAUGGCCUCAGCCUCCAAAACUACCCCAAGCGCAGCAACAUCAAAAUACUACGAACGCAUCUUUCAUGCCAUCGCCCUCUACCUGGUCAUCACUGGGUACAAUGCUGCCACCUGGUACCUCGCCCACGGAUCAGAAUAUGUGGCUAGGAAUGACGGGCAACCCACCAACACCGAAGAACUGGACAGCCCCAGGUCCCGCAGACGAAUCGAAUUCAUUGCCUCAGACAUUUACCGAGCAAUUUCAGGUUCCGGCAGUACCAGCGUCUGCUCAACAGACAAUUCACCACCACCAUCAUCACCAUGUCCAUCAUCAUUUCCAUCAUUAUCAUCACUACCCAGGCAAUGGAGAUCAAUGGCGACAGCUGGAGCAGCAAUCAGAAGCCGAGGCGAUGCAAGCACAUUUGCAAAACGAGAAUGGGCCUCAGAACGCAGGGUGA